AUGCCUGCACUUGAAAAGGAUGAAAUUGAGUCUCUCUUCAAAUCGCUUGAUAUUGACAAAGAUGGUCGUGUAAGUGUUUCAGAGCUUAGUGCUGUAUUAAAAGGAAAGAGGAAUCAACGAGCUUCUACCACUACGGAUGCUAAGCGCAUAAUCGACGAGCAUUCACAUGGCUCUCAACAGACAUUGAGUUUUGCUGAAUUCGUCAAAUAUAUUCAUGACACCGAGACCCAGCUCAAGUUGGCUUUUAAACAAUUAGAUAGAAAUUCAGACAACAAAGUUGAUGUGGAAGAGGUGCUUUUAGCUAUGAAAGAUCUUGGGGUGAAUAUAAGUCGUUGUGAUGCUGAACAGCUACUUAAGAAAAUGGACAAAGAUGGUUCACUAACAAUCAAUUUCGAAGAGUGGAGGGAUUUUCUAUUAUUCAGUGGAACUUCAGAUAUCAAAACAAUAUUUCAAUAUUGGCGGCAUGCUUCAGCUACUGAUAUUGGUGAAAUAUACUCAAUUCCAGAUGAUUAUACUGAAGAAGAGAAAAGAUCUGGGGAGGCUUGGAAAACAUUGCUAGCCGGAGGUCAGUUUUGGCUAUUAACAUUUAUAUGGCGGAGUUAUUCCAGAAAAAAAUUAUCUUAUUCAUAA